AUGUGUUGCAACUACGGCAACUCCUGUGGCUAUGGCUGUGGAUAUGGCUAUGGCUGCGGAUGCGGUCCCUAUUAUGGCUGUGGCUAUGGCCUCCGUUAUGGCUGUGGCUAUGGCACCGGAUAUGGCUGUGGCUAUGGCUAUGGCUCCAACUUCUGUGGCUACCGGCCAUUUUUCUAUAGAAGAUGUUAUUCCUCUUGCUGCUAG